AUGGGUUACAGCAUCGAGGCAACUGAAUGGCCAGCGAUUGCCAUGUCCACCGAGACAAAGACUCUAAUUGAAACAUUUUUUACAUUGAUGGAUGAUCUUAGUGAUGGUGUGGGCGACAAACUAGCUGACGAAAUAUUCACUCACGACGGGAUACUAUGUGGGGGACUUGGAGUGGCAGUCGGAACUACAGAGAUCCGUAAAUGCCGUCAAAAUGCCUGGGAUUUGAUCAAAGUUCGUCAUCAUGUCGUGAAGAAAGUAUAUGUCCAUGACAAGGAUGCCAUGGAUCUUAUGCUCAUCGGAAAUGUCGAGAUGGUCUUGAAAAACGAGAAAAGCAUAAGUGGCGAGUUCACUGCGCGCAUCCUUUUUACCAAAGGCAUAGAGGAGAAGAAAAGAAUACAGGCUUAUCAAGUCUGGUCGGACUCAGCACCGAUGCGUGAAGCCCUACAAGUAGGCAGUGGAUAA